ACCUGCUCUCAUAUUUUUGUCCCCCAUAAUAUAGGCAUUUGAGCUUUAGCUCUUGUACAUAGAGCAACUUCUAUCAUAACUUAACGAAUCUCAUACUCUCUUGCUCAACUCUUGCUGCACGUGUCCACAGCUGUUCAAGAUCAUUCUGCAGCGUUACUGGUCUGUAAUUGCUAGGCCUGCGUCCACCAUCUGUAAGCAUGUCGGGGCAUGAGGAUGCAGACGCAACUGCACGCCGAUACAGAGCUCCUUUCUCCAGUAAUCAUCCAAUUCCCACCGUACAGAGGUACAAGAAGGAGAAACAGGAAAAAGAAGCCACAUAUGGAGGGGUUGAGGAAGAGCAGGAAGCUAGCAGGACUCAGCGUGCAAGAGAUGCCUAUGAUCGUUACAAACAUGGCGAUGAAGCUCAAAGAGACGACGAAGGCCCCUACAAAAGCGAGAACAAGAAUCUCCAAGCAACGGCCACGCCGGACGGAGAAGGGGACAAAGAGAUUACUACUCUUGAUCAAUCAAAGGAGCAGCCUAUUGAGGAAGCUGCAAAAGACACGUCCGAAGCUGAUAUAUCGCAAGAUCCAAAGGAGCAGCGAAAGCAAAUGAAAAAGAGGAAAGGCGAUGCUGCGCGUGAAGUCACCGAUCCAGUCACACAUCUACCGGUCAGGAUACAUGAUUUCACUGAAAGAGAUCUGAAGAACACACCCGAGAAUGAGCCAAACCCCGGUCUUCGCUCAAGAACCGGUACAGAGCAGAUGGAGAAUCCUGAGGACGAUCCACAAAUCAAAGCAGACGACGCAUUUCAGAGAGACGCUCAUUCUGCUAUGGACGUAGUGUUCCCACCACCCAACUUUGAGGAGGUCAAGAAACAACUAUCGCGCGUUUUCGAACAAGCCAUCAUAGCUGGGAUCGGUACACUCUCGAUAUUUGCGAUCGGGAUUUCCCUUCUAGGCCAUUUCUCCGGCUUCGACAAAUCUGGUACAUACAUCAGCAUACUCACCGUUAUUGGCGGCCUUGUUAGUGCAAUUACAGUAUGGGUACUUCAUCAAUGGGCGAAGAACAAGAUAAAUGAUGUGUGGGAGAACGAGACUUGGGAGAGCGAGAGGCAAGCAGGGAAGAGAAUUGCAGCCAAAAACCAGAUUGCAGAGUCAACUCAUUGGCUCAAUUCAUUCUUGGCCUCUGUUUGGCCACUUAUAAACCCUGAUCUAUUCGUCGCCAUUCAAGAUCAGUUGGAGGAUGUCAUGCAAGCUAGUCUACCAAAAAUGGUCCGUAUGGUCAGCGUCGAAGACCUCGGGCAGGGCAGCGAAUCCUUGAGAAUUCUAGGAAUUAAGUGGCUUCCAUCAGGUGCAGCGGCCCAGUCCGUUGGCGAAGAUGGAUCAAUUCAGAAGAAGAAGAAGUCUAAUGGUGAGAGCGAUCGCAAAGUUCCCGGAGAAGGCGAAGUUGAGCAAAACUCAGACCAAGAAAAGAAGAAGUCCUCGGAUGGUGGUGGUGAUGGCCAGCCGGACCACGACGAAGGCCAGGAAAAUAUUGCCGAGGGUAUGGAAGCUGAAGAAGGCGAGUUCAUCAACUUGGAAGUCGCUCUUUCAUAUAGAGCGAGGGGCGCAGGCAAAGGUCUACGAAGCCGAGCCAAGAAUGCACACCUUUACAUGGCAUUCUAUUUGAUAGGGGGUGUCAAAUUCCCGGUUUGGGUCGAGAUGCACGGGUUUGUGGGCGUAUUACGACUGAGGAUGCAACUUACCCCAGAUCCUCCUUUUGUGUCUUUGUGUACCCUCACAUUCCUUGGACAGCCUAAGGUCGACCUAUCGUGCGUACCGCUCAGCAAGCAUGCACUUAAUAUCAUGGAUCUUCCAUUGAUAAGUAAUUUUGUACAGUCAGCUGUGGAUGCUGGACUGAGUACACUGGUUGCACCUCGGAAUAUGACUCUAGAUUUGAAGGAUAUGCUCGUCGGUGACGAUUUCAAGAAAGACACAACCGCUCGUGGAGUCCUGAUGGUCACUGUCAAACGCGGUUUUGAUUUCAAGGAAGGCGAUUCUGGAAUUGGACCUCUCAAGAGCGGCUCUUCCGACCCAUAUGUCUCUGUCGGUUGGGCAAAAUUCAGCAAGCCGGUCUGGUCAACUAGAGUACUUAUGGGUGAGAUGGAGCCUUACUGGCAAGAGACGGCGUUUAUUUUAGUGACACCUGAGGAGUUGAAUGUUGAUGAGCGGCUACGGUUACAGCUCUGGGACUCUGACAGGACUUCUGCGGACGAUGACCUGGGGCGCAUAGAGCUUGACUUGAAACACAUAAUGAGAAACGAAAACUCGAAUGGAAAGCUCUGGGAUCGUCAAGACGGCUUCCGUUCGAUCAAGAAAGCUGAAAGCAUGCCUGGACAGAUAGAAUGGAGCGUGGGAUAUUUCUCGAAGCUUCGGAUGCAAGAAUCGCAGCUUGCUUCGCAGACGAAAGAGCCUGGAGUCAAGAACAUGGAAGACCUCCGAAAGCUGGUGGAACAAGAAAGCGAAAGGAAACUACGAGAAGCGAAGAAGGACGAGACCGAAGAGAUCGAACAACAGAAAGCUCAGGAUCUCAAGGAACGUGAGGACGAGCUCAUAACACACGCACCACCGCCUGAUGGCUACCCUACAGGCAUCCUGUCCAUUCAGAUCCACAACAUUACCGGGCUGGAGCUGCAAGCCAUCAAUAAGCGUGAGCAGAGCAAAAAAGAUAACAAUUCUGAAGUGGAUGAAGAAGGUGACGACCUUCCAUCCGCCUACUGCACCAUCAUCCUCAACCAUCAGAAGAUCUACAAGACACGCACUAAACCUAAGAACUCAAAGCCGUUCUUCAACGCCGGAUGCGAGCGUCUUGUCCGUGACUGGCGCAAUACCGAAAUCCAUCUCUCCAUUCGGGACGCCCGAGUCCAUGAGAACGAUGCUCUGCUCGGGAUCGUCCACCUUCCAUUAUCCAAACUAUUUGAAAAGCGCUCUCAGUUCUCAGAAUUCUUCCCCUUAUCCGGCGGCGUCGGGUACGGCAAGGUGCGCGUGUCCAUGGUCUUCCGCGCUGUGAAGCUGCAAGCACCUCGCGAGCUCCUAGGAUGGGACUUUGGCACCGUCGAAAUCCAACCCUCAGUCCACGCCGGCGAAGGUCUCCCACAGGACUUGCACGACAAACGAAUCAAGCUGCACACCAACAUCGGCAAAGCCAAACUCACCGCCCUCGGCGACGGCACCUGGUCCUCGUCGCCCAAGUCAUCCUCCUCCUCCUCCUCCCCACGCACCCUCAAACUCGCCGUCCGCCGCCGCUACUCCUCCCCCCUCAUCCUCGAAUUCCGCGACUCCUCCCUCCUGCGCGACUCCACCCUCGCCUUCGCCGUGCUCUGGCUCAAAGACCUCCCCGACAACGACACUGUCACCCUCACUCUCCCCGUCUGGAAAGGCGACCUCGCCCGCGCCUCCCAGAACACCCUGUCCGACUGCGGCCAGCGCCACGGCAGCAUCGUAGUCUCCCUCACCUUCUGGUCCGGCCUCAGCGGCUACCACGCCCGCUUCGCAGGCAAAGACGGGAAUAUGGCCGACGUCAUGGAAGUCCUCGACUGCGCCGCCGACGUCGCCUCGGACGACAACGCCCUAAAUUUCACCGACGAUGACGCCGGUACUUCAUCUUCUUCAUCGUCAUCAAGCGACAGCAGCAGCAGCGACGACGACGAAGACACACCCACAGGCAGCGAGAAGAGCACAAACGACAACUCCAACGACGAUGGCUCCCGCGGCAUCAUCGACAGCGUCAGAGACUACAAGCACAACGCCAAGCAGCUGCAUCGCAAGAAUCGCGGCUUGAUGCAGUGGAAGGGUCCGCGCACGGCGGCGUGGCUGAAGGGCAAGGCGAAGCGGACGGAGAAGGGUCUUGCGGGCUUGUUUAGCCAUCAUGAUGGGGGUCGUGAGGCGGGGAUUGAGACGGAGGUUUGAGAUUCUGGUGGGGAUUGGCGGGGUUAAGGGGAUGU